AUGGCUGUGGACAUUGGGGACCCCAAGAGUGGUUUCCGACACUGCGAAGUGGCUGUGUUCAUCAAUGAAGAAGUGACGAGGAAUGGCGGUGGCCCUGGCUUUUACCUGACCUUCCGUUCACGGCCCUGGAAGGAUAUAGAAGACGGUCUGAGGUCUGUCGUGGCUGAUACUCACUUACCGCGCACCAUCAAGAGGGCCUGCGCGUGGAGCGCUCUGGCCCUGAGUGUGAGAUUGGCUUCGAGGCAACGAGAAAGGCAGACCCGACGUGUCCAGCAGCUGAACAAUCAGGUAGAAGAACGAGAGGCAGCCACCUGGACUUUGGCCACAGACCUACAACGGCUGCGUGAGGAGCGUGAUGAAGUGGUCUCUGAGCUUCGCAGUGCAAAAGACAACCUGAAGCAAGUGCUACAGGAGCGUGACAUUCUACACAAGAAGCUGAUUGAGUUUGAGCUCUCACAGAAACUCCUCGCUGAGUCACAAGAUACUGAGUAUCCAGGUACUCUGCGGUGGCCUCUAAUUGCCAAGCAACAUAGAAAGCCUCUUGAGACAGGCUUGCAGAAUGAGCAAUAUGCAGUGUUCCCGAAGAAAGCCCAGACGGCAUCCAUGACAGUUCUAGAAACUUUGAGUGAAGCUGAAGAAUUCCCAGCUUCCGACAUGUGA